CAGGGAGCAAGUGGCAUUGCAGUGAAGUCUCUACUGAGCUUGUCGUUUGCUGUAAAAACCUUGGAUUUUUUUGCUCAAUUUUUGGAGCGGACGUGAGUCUGCACACCCACCCUCCAAUGCCAAAGAAGACCGAAAAGCUAGCGGUUGGAGCCACGGCCGCGCUGAAUUUGCGCGCAGAGCUCGAGCGAGCGGUCGAUGAGAGCAAAGGGGCUGCCGGCAGCCGCGCCAGGGCUUCCGAAAAGCGCAGUUCCGCUUGGGAUGCACAGAACGAGGGCGUUCAGCAGCGCGCCUUGAAAGACAUGCUAGAGCUGCAGGAGCAGAGCCCAGGCGAGGUAAGCGCGCGGAUCCGAGCCAACAUGGAGAAGAAGGCACGGAUCUACGACAUGCUCAGCACUGGGCGGACCGCAGACGGCCUGGACGAGGACACGGCUGCGCGGAUCAUGGAGGAGAGCUCGGUCGAUUUUUUGAGCAAGCAGUACAGCCACUUACUGGAGCGGAAGCGCCGGAGGGCGGAGGAGCGCGGCGAUGAGCUGGUUGAGAUCAUUGACGAGUUUGGCCGCACACGCAUGGUCCCACGCAGCCAGGCGGGGCAGUAUCAAGCUGGAAGCAGCAGCGACGACAUCUCUUCCUCAGACGCUUCGGACGAGGAACAUCUGCUGCUGUCGACGAGCAGGAGCCAUGUGGCCGGCCAUUAUGAGCUGUCGUCCAACGCUGCCGAACGCGAGAAGCAGAUCAGGAACCUCAAGGACCUGCAUUGUGAGACUGUAGCUGCGCGCGAAUCUGCCGAGACGAACCUGACGCUGCAGGACCGGCAGCAGCAGCUCGUUGACCAUCGCUGGCACAAGGUUCUUGAAUCACAUGCGCGUGCGCUGCGAAAUGCACGUGACCACACCAACCCCCAAUAAACUGUACAGUCCUAGCGUGUACAUAUUGCCAGCGCUGGAUUGUGGGCGCCAGUAAAAAUUUUUGUACUAGCUGGUGUCAUUGUUUCCUUUAUAUUGUUGGCAUACCUGGCAC